AUAAGUGCUAGUCUCGAUACGUCGCUAUCGAUAACAACCCACCUACUUCUACUGGUGCCCAGCUAAAACAACACACUUCUUGCAAAGAAAAACAACAAAUUUUGCAAAAACCGCGUGCAAAUUCGUGCAAUAAACAUAGACAAAACAAACAAUUAACGUCUCUGCAACCAUUAAACAAUAUGCAAGCGGCUAAAGUGCGCGACUUGGCUGCUUAAAAACGGGCGGAAAAAAGUGCGCGUGUGAAACAGAGUGAAGGAAGUGAAGAAGAAGUGGAAAAAACGUCGCCGCCGCUGGGCGCAAAAAAAAAACGCACUGAGCUAAAUAAAUUGGCUUGCUCUCUGUGGCAAAUAAAGCAGCCGCCAAUGUGCUGAAGAGCGACAGGCAAGCAACAACAGAACCAUGUCCAAAACAACCGAAGCCUUUGAUGAGGAGCUGUUCGAGACGCGUCUUGAGGCGCUCAAGGACACGCAGCAGGAAAUACAGCAGAUGUCCAGCUGGUGCCUGCAGCAUCGUCAGAACCACAAAAAGAUCAUACAAUGCUGGCUAAAUGUUUUUAAGCGAGUUCGCGUUGAUCAUCGCUUGGUUUUGUUUUAUUUAGCCAACGAUGUCAUACAAUAUAGCAAACGCAAGCGCUACGAAUUUGUUGAAUGCUGGGCCACCGCUUUGCAAAGAGCCACCACAAUGGUGCGUGAUGAUCGCGUUAAGGGCAAAAUCCUGCGGAUCUUUCAAAUCUGGGAACAGCGUGAAAUCUACAAUGAAGAGUUUCUUAGUGACCUUAGCGGUCUACUCAACAUUGCGCCGCCUAAAAAAUCCGCCGCUCACUCGGAUCCUGGCAAUGAAUAUCAGAACACAACGCUUAUAGCACAAGUGCGGGAAUGCGUCGAGCUGGCUGAGGCCACAGACAAGAGCAUGAAGAAGCUACCCAAGCCGCCAACAUUCGAAAUCGAAGCCAUCAAGCAGCAACUCAAAGAUAAAAGUCAUUCGGGUGACAUUGAAAAGGAGUUGGAACGUUGUGUUGCCUUUAUCAAUGCGUACAACAAGAAUUUGCAGAAUGAGAUUAAGUGUCGCAAGGCGGUGAUGGAAACCAUUGAGGCGGCCAAAAAGUUCUACGAACAUCAGGGCCGUGAAGUCAAAGUGGUAGCGAGUGCCUAUAAAAGUUUUGGCACCCGUAUCAAGAUUGUGAAAAGGAAAUUGGAUGAGGUUAUACCCACGCUAAACAGUCCGAUACCGUCGCCGGACAUUAAUGCGCCGUCGCCAGAACGUGAUGCGGAUUUGCAGCUGCCCGAUGAAAACAAUUCGCCGCUGGGCUUGAACAUGUUUGGCGGCGGUCUGAACGGCUUUGCCAGCUAUUUAGAUGGCGGCCAGCUACCGUUUGACAUUAAUGAUUUUAAGCGUGACUCUGGUGGCGGCAAAGAUCGCGGCAGCGCCAUUGAAGUAAUUGGCUCACGCUCGGAUGAUGAAAGUUACACACCCGGCGCCAAUUAUUACAAACCUGACCCCAGCAGCUAUGGCAACAGCAAUGCCAAUGGAAAUAGCUCCAGCGGCAUACCAGGUUUGGGUGGCGGAAAUGGAGCGAGCGAUGAGUACAAUCCGUUGCAGGCUCAGUCGAGCUAUGUACCGCCGCCAGUGCCGCCCAUUUUUGGCGAUACUUCACAGGAAUAUGCGCCACCGCCGCCGCCACACUUGGGCUACGGUCAGCCAGAGAAUCAAUAUACUCCCGCAACAUUGAACAGCAGUGCGAUGGCGCCGCCGCCACCAAUGCCUCCUUCGCUGACGGGCAGCGGUGUCGAUGAUUUCAAUAGCACAUGGGACAUGAGCAUGACAUGGACGCCGCUCGAUAACAGUUUAAAUAGCAGCGGUGCCAGCUCAAGUUAUACGCCACAAUCGACACCGCAUUCGCCGCCACAUUUCGAACGCAAAGGCAGCGGCGCACCCAUCGAAUAUAGCGAGCAUCAUAAUGCGGCAGCGUUGGGUGCUCAGGAUGUGGAUCAUCGUACGGUGCAGCUGCCGCCGGCAUUCAAUUUUCGACCGAAGAGCGCGCUGAGCGAGGAGAAAACACGUCAGUUGGUGGACAUUGAUCAUAGGAAUUUAAUAUCUCUAACUGGAUCGCCGGGUGGAGCAGAGAAGGACUUUGCUGGUGGCGAUGUGGACUAUCGCACGGCUCCGUCUGGUAAGGGAGAGGAAGGCGGCAGCGCCAUACGCAGCUUGGGCAACAGUCCGCCCAUGAUGGCACCGCCGGGCAGCUAUGUAAAGAAGACUAGUUCGCCACACAAAUCGAAUGCCAGCUCCUCUUCUGAAUCAGAUCGUGUAGAUGGUUCAACGCGUUAUGAUCCCGCUGAUAUGGUUAUUGACAUGGAUAUGUCCGACGAGGAUCUGGACGAAUCGCAGCGAGAUGCCAAUGCGGAGCAAGGCGAUGGUGAACUCGAUGCCAAUGGUGCGUUGACACCUUCACGUCCGGCGCUGCUGGAAACACCGCCAGAAUUUCAAUGGGAUACAAACAGCACAUUUUUAGCGCCACCAAGCGCUGGCAACAACAUGCAGGACAUGCAGGCCGAGACACAACAGCAGCAGCCACCUUUACCGCCACAGCAGCAACAACAGGCGUGGAAUCAAAUGCAACCGCCCAUGCCCUGGAAUGGCAAUGAGGGCAACAAUGGACCCGCUGGUGUGCCGCCACCACCACCACGUCCGCCAUUCGCCGGAGGCGGCGGUGGACCCUUUCCAUUUCAGCCUUUUGGCAAUAGUCCGGAUAACAUGGGACGCGGCGGCAGGGGACGUGGAGGUGGUCGCGGUGGUGGUGGUGGUGGCAAUGGCUGGUCGGGACCCAAUUAUAGACCCAAUUACCAACGCAUGCCUGGCCCAUUUGAAGGCGGACCGGGUCCUGGGCCAGGAUCUGGGCCCGGGCCACGUCCGUUCUUUCCGCGCGGCGGCGGACCGAUGCGCGCUGGCGGCGGACGUGGACGCAUGCGUGGUAAACCUUGGAUGUAAUUACGUAUUUUAGAUGCUAUAUAAAUAACAAACACCCAAAAAAAAAAAACACUCACACAACAAACAAAAACAACAACCUAUACAAUGUCGUAUACAAGUGCAAAGUUUUUAGCAAUUAGUUGACUUAUCUCAUUUGGGAUUUAACUCACUCACACACACAACAACCACACACACGCAGAGAUCUAUAAACGUUUAGUUUAAAUCGAGAUCCUGGGGAGCGACGGAUCGUUGAUAAAUUUCAUAGAUAUAUAUAUAAACCAGCAUCUAAUUUUAAGCUUAAAGUUCUGCAAUUCCCUGAUAAACAUAAUAAUACAUAUAUAUAAAGAAAUAUAUUUAUAUAGACAGCCUUUUUAGUCUGGUCGUUCUUCUACCCACAAUUAUUGUCUCGAUAUUUUCAAACAAUUUAAUUCGCGGACAGAUGAAAUCAAUUUAAUAAAAUUUAACUACGAGUUCUGUUCUGAGUAAAUU